UCGUCAAAUAUGUCAAAGACAGAUUAGUGUGUUUAUUUACAUCUGAAAAAGUUAAAAGUCGCGUGCGGUGCAGUCAUUAUAUUUACGCCUUUCUGUGUUUUGUUCUGCUAGAUAUAUUUACCAAAAAUCAUUCGAAAUGAAGCUACUCACCUACAAUUUUCUAACUUCCAAGUGCAUUCGGGGUGUUAAAAUAGGUUUCCCCCUAAAACUAAACAUAAUUGAGAAAAAAAUCGUAUCUUCAGAUUUUAACUCGGAGUUCAUUGCGCGAAUGCUACCUCGUCUCGACUGGGGUGCGAUAAAACAGGCUGCAAAUAAUAUUGGUGCCGACCUGCCUGCCACCAUGCCGGAAGACAUUUCAAACGACACAGAAACGCUGCAAAAGCUCCACCACAUCUUGCUGGAGGUCGAUAUCGUUGAGGGUUCACUGGAAUGCCCCGAAACGGGCCGAAUAUUCCCAAUCAGUGACGGCAUACCAAAUAUGUUGCUGAACGAGGACGAGGUUUAGGAUUGAGUAUCACUUUUUUAUCGUCGAUAAGUAUAAGAUGUUACUAAUUACUACAAACACGGAUGGGUGUGCUGUUUUUUUCCUUUAUUUUGAAACACUUGCUAUAAAUGGUCUGGAAAUGCAAACGGUUUCUACAAACAAUGUUCUUAAUUUUUGUGUUGGACGCAAUUCGAAGUUGGUUUUUGUCUGUCGUGACUAGCUUCAGUGCAAUGUUUCAUGUUAAGUCUGUAUAGUUGUUGUGGGAGGAAUAAGGUACGAAUUUUUUCUUAAACUAAUAUGUGUACGUGUUCGCAAAUAUGGCAAGAUAGUAUUUUAUACUCUCAUUACAUUACGAAUCGAAUUAGGCUAGCUGAAUUUAUAUAUUACUUUCGCAAAAUAUUAUAAGUGAUCCUGUGCUAGUCGGAAAAUAGUAAGACUACCGCAUGUAUGUCUUUUAUUACAUCUGUCUAUUGUUUACCUUAUCGUAGUUUAAUGGAAACUUUUCGUUUAGUGGAUUGUAACGUUGCGUUUCAAUGGAACUUGCUAACAUUAGCGUUUUUUGCAAAUCUACACAUUUGCUUGCUGUUUUCUUUUAUUAAGUAUAAAUCUCAUAUAGCCGCUUUCUCUAAUAUCAAAUGUUGUAGUAACAAGGCAAUGGUUGUUUGGGGAUUGAGCUGCUUACUGGUGGCCUAUUACCUUGAUUGCUAUUCCGGCUUCAAACUAGUUCAUCUAAUAGUGACGAAGCCGUUAGUAUAUGUUGAUGCAUUAUGAUGGUAAUAACAUUUAUGUACUUUGUUUUUGCAUAAUUUCGAACCUCUUCGCUGAUGUUGAAAUAUAAUGUUUUCUUCUUCUUUUUUCAGGAUUGGUUUUCUUUAAUAUCUGCAUUUACCUGUUAAAAAAUUUGAACAAUACUAGACAUUUCUCAGAAAUUACAGUGUAUUGUAUAAUGCUGGCUCUUUGAAACAUUAAAUAGAUUUGAUCACAAAAUGUAAAUACGUAUCAGGGGCGACUCGUCCAUAGGUGCAACCUGUGCAUUGCACACGGGCUACGCCAGACAAAAACUAUAUUCCAAACGCAAAUUUAAAUUCAUAUUUUAUCCAUUUUUAGUUUCACUUUCCAGCAGCAACAAAUAGAAUGACUUGUGUGUUUACGCAGACAUGAUUGUGAUUACUUACUCAAACUGAGAUUUCCAGAAUUUGUAGUUGAACAGGCAGAUUCAAAAGCCACGAGUCGCCCCUGAUACGUAUGCAUCCAAUAAUACGAUUCCCGAAGUAAACAGACUAUCUUCUGUUUCGUUUAUUAUUAUAGAGUGUUUAGCAGCAUUUAAGCUACAUUCGUUACUAACUUAAAUACCAACAAAGAAAGUUGAAAAAUAAAAUUUAGUUCGAAAAAUUAAA